CUCCACAGCAGCGCGAGAGCGAGACUCUGUGAAGGAGCGCGCGGAGUAGUGCACAACGUCUAGCCUUUAUUUUGCAUUUCUUGGGCGACGACAGAAUAAGAGAAACUGGGGACACUUCCUUCGGUGGAUAUCUGACAUGGCGGGUUCCAGCACAGUUGAUGUGUUUGUGGGAUUUGUUCUAGUGUUGCUCGCGCUAGGAAGUGCUUUUCAGAUCACUCAAGGGUCUGCUUAUUCAAUUCUUCAAGGAUGGUCACAGGAUGAUGAAGUCACGGUGGAGCUUUUAAGGACGAGACGAUGGCUUCUCAUGGAGCCCCUUCCAAUGGAAACUAACAAAGCCAGUCAAGACAGCUUGGUGCCUGAGUCUCAGGAUUCACCUGGAACACUGGCUGAUGAUGACACAGACAAAAGCUCCCAAAUAUUGGAGGACACAGAUCAUAAUUACUAUACCUCAAAGACUUAUGGCCCCAGUGACCCUAUGAGUAAAGAAUUAUGGGUAAAUAUUGAUCAGAUGGACAAAGAGAAGGUGAAGAUUCAUGGCAUCCUGUCCAACACACACAGACAAGCGGCGCGGGUCAAUCUCUCCUUUGAUUUUCCAUUUUAUGGACACUCUUUGCGAGAGAUCACUGUUGCAACCGGAGGGUUCAUCUACACAGGUGAAGUGGUGCACAGAAUGUUGACAGCCACACAAUAUAUUGCUCCACUCAUGGCAAACUUUGACCCCAGCCUGUCCAGAAACUCAACUGUCAUUUACUUUGACAAUGGAACUGCCUUGGUAGUGCAGUGGGAUCAUGUCCAUCUCCAGGAUUCUUAUAAUCAAGGAAGCUUCACAUUCCAGGCCACGUUACACAGUGAUGGGCGAAUUAUCUUUGCCUACAAAGAGGUCCCAAUGCAGAUUGCUAAAAUCAGCUCUGUCAAUCAUCCAGUGAAGGUUGGGCUGUCUGAUGCCUUCGUGGUGGUCCACAAGAUUCAGCAGAUCCCAAAUGUUCGGAGGAAGACUAUCUAUGAGUAUCACAGAGUGGAGCUGCUAAAGACCAAAAUUACUAACAGUACAGCUGUGGAAAUGAUGCCACUUCCCACAUGUCUUCAGUUCACAAGCUGCUCUUCUUGCAUAGCGUCACACAUUAACUUCAAUUGCAGCUGGUGUCACCGACUCAAUAGAUGUUCCAGCGGCUUUGAUCGCCAUCGACAGGACUGGGUGGAUAACAGUUGUCCAGAUGAGACAAAAGACAAUACCUGUGACAUCAUCAGCACUACUAAUCUUAACCUUCUAACCACUCCGUCAGUUGCCAAAAUGACAGCAAGGCACAAAGGAACUACUGAGGGACCAUCCACCCAGGCCACAUCACACAUGCCCACCAGCAUUCCAACUGAAGACGACACCAAGAUUGCACUACAUCUCAAGGACAAUGGAGCUGCUGCAGCAAAAAGUACAGCAGAGAACAGCACACACUCUCUGCACAUGGGUCUGAUCCUUGGGAUGCUUGUGCUGCUACUCGUGAUCGUGGCCAUCGGUCUGGUGACCGUCUACAUCUACCAUCACCCGAGCUCUGCUGCAGGACUCUUUUUCAUUGAGAGACGUCCCAGUCGUUGGCCUGCGAUGAAAUUCCACCGGGGUUCUGGUCAUCCAGCUUAUGCAGAGGUAGAGCCUGUCGGUCAGGAAAAGGAGGGCUUUAUUGAGUCAGAACAGUGCUGAGGAUUAAACCUGUGACUUUUAAAUUCACACACUGCCCAGUGACCUUCUUGAUGUCUAACUGUAAAUCCAUACAUCUUAAAUCAUAAGGUUCCACCAACCCUCCAAAUGCAAAACAUUGACAAAACUGAAAACAUUGAGGGUAUGGCAUUUAUGAUGAAAAUGGCAAGAUGCUGAUAGCCACAUUCAGAGGGACAACUGAAAAAGCCCUUUGUUUUGAUCAGCUGGAUGAAUGAUGAGCCCAAAACUUCUGCUCUUGACAUGACGUAGGAGCAGCUCUGAUUGUACAGGAAGAAGCUUUGAUCUUUGAACCUCAAGACACAUUGUUGAACUGAGGGUUUGAUUCUCUGAUUUAAUGGGCCUUCAAAGUUUUUUAGUUUUUUUUUAAUUGCUUGAUGAAAACUCCAGAGAUGCACAUUCAUUUAAUUCUUGUGUUGGAAAUCUUAUAUAGACGUUUAGAUAUCUUUACAAGUUUUUUUUUUUUUUUUUUUUUAAGGGUUUCUUAUGGUUUUUCAGAUGCUUGUUUCUCUAUUCUUUAAUGAUUUCAUCUCUUUGAUUUGAGUUUUGGAGAUGUCUGAUGAGAUUAGCUACAGAUUAGCUCAGUAAAUACCUAUCGGAGAAAUGCACACUGCAAUUCAAAUACAAUUGGAAAAUGUUCUGUGAACAAACUGUUUUGAUUAUUUUUCAUAGAUAUUCAAAAAAGUUUAGGACAUUUUUGCACAUGUCCAUUUGACGCACAUAUUUUGUUAAAAUUUUUGGUAGCACUUUAUUUUACAGUACUGUUCUACAUUUACGGACUAUAUAAUUACAACAACUAUAGUAAUUACUAGGUACUAACCCAAAACCUAACCCUAAACUUAACCCAUAUUAAGCACAUGUAGUUAUCUCAUAUUAUUAAGUACUUUCUUGGGUAAGUGCACUGUAAGUAUACGGAAAGUACUCAUACUGUAAAAUAAAGUGCAACCCAAUUUUUACUUUGAAGGUUCACAACAUUUAUCCCUAUGUAACUCAGUUAAUUAGGGCACAUACUUUUGAGCCUACUUAAAAUCUUUUCAAGUGUUGUGUUUUGACCAAAGAACUCUUAUUACACAUAGAGAGGUAUAAUAAAACACUUGUUUUAAGCAAUAGCACCUCAAUACAAGACACAGACCCAGUACACCCAUAGCACUUUUCCACCGACAUGGUUCGGGUGAGGGUUCCUGGGCCAGUGCUAAUUCUCGAACUGUUCCGCGCAUUUCCACCGCAGAAAAGGCCUUUCCGAUGCCUAAAACCUGGUUCUGCACCAGCCCCAAAAGCUUGCUGGUCUCUAUGCAGGAACUGAUUAUGUCAGGGGACAGAGGGCUGGAUAAUGAUUCAUCACCAUGGUAAAGUUUUCCCAAACAACAACAGUAGCUACCGUCUGCACCAAGGAGUACUUCUUCCCUCUAACAACAUAUAAAAAACCCACAAAAUUGUCAGACAUCAAAAGCGUUCAGGUAAUAUGACGAAACGAGUGCUCUACUUGCGAUAUGGUCUUUACAGAGAUCCGAGAUAAACUUGAGAGAUCGCAAAGGGAAAUAUAGUCUAUGAGUAUGAAGAUACAGCACGAAAUGAUGCACGCCAGCUUCAAUCAGACAAUUGACCGAAUCAUAAACAAAUUGAAAAACACUUAAGGGAGUGCAGGGACCAUAAGUAGGACAUAAGCAAAUGCGACAGUGAACGGAGCAACAAGGUUUUGGACUCAGACAAGCCGGCUGACUAACCGGGGCAUUAAAUUCAGCCAGUAACGCUUAUCGCCGGUUUCCUCUGCAGCUGAUCUCAGUAUGUUGUUAUAUUUGCCAACUUUGUUAGCUUUUCUUACACUGUUGUCAUCGUUUUUUGUGCAUCGUUUUGUUCUGUUAGGGUAUUUUUGACCAGCUACUCACUAGGGGCCAUUUACACAACAACGUUUUCAACUAAUAACGGAAAAAUUUUCAUGCGUUUUGGCUGUUCGUUGAAAACCGGUUUCAAAGUGUACAUUUUUGAAAAUGAUGCCAUUAUCGUCUCUGUGUAAACAUACAAAAACGUGAAUUUGUGAAAACGAUGACGUCAUGCGCACGCGUAUUACGUGUUCAGUCUAUAGGCAUGCGCGAGACAUUCAAAACUACAGUGGUGGACUACAGGACUGUGUUUGUGCUGCUCAAGAUUUUGUCCAGACAAAAUUGCUCGAUGCUUUCGCCAUCUUCAUUGUUUGUAUUCACCGCUCUGUGGAAGAAUGCAUAUAUGCGCAGGCGCGUAGUGUUUCUUUACAAAGUGACAUCGCCAACUACUGGCCUGGCAUGCAUAAUACAGCGCUUUUAGUCGUUUUCGCGGAUCCGUGUGAACGGGGAUCGUUUUGACAACGUUGUCAUCUGUACGCGAAACUUUUCAAAAACGCAAAGGAAAAACUUUUCCAUUUUUUGUACAUCAUUGUCGUGUAUGUGUACCCUAAGUUUGGAAGAUCGCAGCUAUCUGUAAAGUAAAACAGUGGGAUUCUCAAUCAGUAAUAUUAUAUGCUAUGGCAAAAAUCUAAAUACAACCAUCUGCUACACCAACGUUAAUAAUGAUUCCACUGUUACAGUUUACAGAACUUAGCAAGUUAUAAUGUAAUUACAGUACCUGUCGUCUUUAGCAUAGAUGUCGUCUCUGACAAUCUUGUUGAGCAAUGUAAUAACGAUGGAUUGCGUUACUCCUUAUAUUUAAAUAUGUCCUCAAAAACAAGAGUAAAAGCUAUAUACAAACACACUGUGACGCGCCAUGUUUGUUUAUGUUUGAGGUAGUCACGUGAAACUACCACGUAGACAGUAACCCGUUACCUCACCGUUCGUCAAGUCAGUGGGAAGCGCGUCCGGUUUACGAUAGGCUCCAGAUUGCCACGGCCGUGAACCAGUGGCGCACAGGCUCGGCACGAGAACUAUUGCAGUUUCGGUGGAAAAGAGCUACCAGAUUCCUCUUUUCAGAAACAGAACAGAAAUGCUUCUGAUGUGGUUACAAAUUAUUUUUAAGUUGCGAGUUAAAUGAAUGCGUACAACUUAAAAAAGCAUUUCCUUUAUACUGAACAACCAGACGAGAGGAGUGGAUCUUAGUUUGUCUUUUGUAAUUUCAGUAAACCUAUGCAUAGAUGCAGUUCCAGAGAGUUUCAUUUAUUUUUUAUGUAUGAUAGGAGUUUUAUGCACGCAUACAAGAAGGAAAAUCUGUAUGUUUUUAACCUCUUAACAGGGUGGCCCACCAAUACCAGUGUUUAAAUUCUGUUUUUAUCACUUUCUCCUCCGGAACGACCUGAUUAUUUUCAGCAAAUGUAACCUGAAUGUAUGUAUCUGUGUGUGUGAGACUGAAUCUGAAUGAGCACUGAAGAGGAUGCCUAUUAUGUGAAAUUAUCUCAAAAUGUUUGAUGAGUGAGACAAUUUUUCUGUUCAGCAGUGAUGCCUGCUCUCAAAACUGGGGAAACAUGCAUUUAGUAACCUGCAUUUUUGAUAAUCAUAACUUUGAUGUGCCGCGCAUUGAGACAGUGAAAUACACAAUGCUGUAAUCUGUGUACUCUUGUGUUACUACUGUCAUUUUGAUUAAAGUUUGAAUAAUAAAGUUGUUUAAAUUAACAA